ACAGCCAAUAGUGGACCGUUCCUGAUCGAUUUUGGGGUGCUACAGAGCAAACUAGAGGGGCAAUGCACUAGAACUGGAAGGCGGUCAGCAAUAAAUUUAGGGUACUGCCGCGGGGCAGUUACCUAGCGAGGGGCAGUGGACGAUGCGUCAUACCGAACUAGAACAGUUGAACUCCACCAAUCUCCAUUUGCGUAUCUAAAAUUUGAUUUCUAUACCAUCGAUUCUUUGUUCCUUUUACAAUUUGUUACAAAUCCCCAUGGCUGCCAAUCCCUUCCUCCUAGCUGCUGAUAAUAGUCCGGCUUUAUUACCCCUCCUUCGAGAGAACCCAGCAUUAGCUUCGGAGCAAGAUAAUCACGGCUACUCUUUAGUCCAUGCAGCAGCAAGCUACAACCACCUCGAUCUUCUCCGUGCCCUAAUUCGCGAAUUCAACGUUGAUGUUAAUCUACGUGACGAGGAUGAAGAAACCGCGCUCUUCGUCGUCGAAACUGUCGAUGCUGCUCGAGUCUUAGUUGAAGAGCUAGGUGCUGAUAUCGCAAUCAUCGGUUCUGAUGGAUAUACGGCGCGCCAGAAGAUAGCCGGAGAGGAUGACUUUCCGGAGGUCGCUGAGUACCUACAGAGCAAGGAGGCCACUAGCGACAACACCCAAGUCCACAAUCUCACAAAUGGAAUCAACGGCCAUACGGAUGGUCCACCACCUCUACCCGAGGGAAUACACAUCACCAGCACCGUUGCACCCGCUGAGGAGGAACAUAUCGAAGUUGAUUCUGAACUGAGAAGGAGAAUAGAACAAUUAGCUGGGCGGGAUGACUUCAAUUCCGAAUCUGGACAGGCAGAGCUGAGACGUUUAAUCCAAGAUGCCGUCGCAGAUCAGAGCUGGGCCAGCCGCAACGUCCGGCCGAGGCAAGAUUAGUUUAAAUUGAUUCGCUAGGUUGAUGUGUUAGGUAUUGGAAUAUGGUUCUCAAUCGUGCUUCUUGAUAUCCCAUAGGAAGUACUCUCCUGACGAGUUAGGUGGUCUUAGAAUAGUACAAUCUGCACUAUCUCCAACGAUACCCUUUGGGAACGAUGUUACGCUCAUCGCAAACCAUGAUUUUGAUGGCAGAGCAAGGAUCACGUCCACCAAGGUUUGUUGACACCACUGUGGUGGUAUGAACCCUUGCCAACUGACUCGACAUAGCUUCUCGUUC